CAACAGUCGUCAAUCUUUUCAUGCAUGAUCGUCGGUUAAGGUAUGUCUAUUUGGCGCGGAAACGAACACAAUCCUGCUGAUUUCCUCGAACUUUUGUAUGAAGAGGAAGAUCCGGAAGUUAGGGUAAACAGGGUUGGUGAACAUGAUGUGCUCAUUGAUGACGAGAAUGAAUUUUCGUAUCGGCGUUCAUUGCCGGAGGGCAGAGGGCAGGCAGGGAGCUUUCCUGGAGAGGAUGAACCAUGGGAUAGUUCACCGGAGCGGUCACCUUCACCAAAAGCUUCCUUCUACGCUCCUCUCUCGUUCCCGGAGCCAGCUACCAGGAGGCCACCACGAACGGGCUCGUCGCCACGCGCUACGGCGUCUCGCGAAAGGUCACGAUCCCCAAUAUUUUUGAAUCCGCCGUCGCAAUCCGUACCUGAGCAGCAACCGGUGAUUCGGAUUUCUGGGAAGAGUGGCCUACCGUUAGAUGCUGGAACCACCACCGAGGUGGAAGAUGGCAUGGACGUGGCGGCGACGAUCGAGGCCGAUGUGGACACAUAUUUAUCCCCGGAUGCUCACGCUCUGUAUGUGUCCCUAGAGGAGUCUAAAAUGCACGAUAGUGAAAGAAAUGCAAGGAAAUCUAGUGAAGGAAGGAGUGGGCGAGGAGGUAGACGAAGGGGUGUACGAGGACAGAAUGUAGGUGGGCGUGGGCAUCCGAACCGGGGUCGCAGGGGGAACAAUCAGUGGGAAGUGGGACACCCACUGAAUGAAAUUUGGACGAAAGAUGAAGAUGUUCCCCCUGAACUAGUAAGUUUGGCGAUGGAUGUAUUAAAAAGACGACAGUUGAUAAUGCAAGCUGCUGCCAAAGCCGAAAGGGAUAGUAAAUCGAAGGCUGAUGACGAGAACGACAAUGGUGAUGAAUUUUUCGACGCCAUUGAUGGAGCGGAUAGUCUCAGAAGACUGGAAGGCCAGAACCUCCACUUUGAAUGGUCGACUAUGGAGUCCUUUCAAGGUCAGGAGGAAAUUUUUAGACCACAGCGUACUACAGGUGCUGUUCAUGUUUAUAAUUCGGCAUAUGAUGCUUUUCGCUCCUAUUGGAGCGAUGACAUUUUACGCUUAAUUGUGGCUGAAACGAACCUGUAUGCCAAUAAUUUAUCUGCUGCUUUCCAGUCUGAAUGGUAUCCCACUAACAUUCACGAAAUUUUAUGCCUUUUUUCGUUCUGGAUAAUGUUGGGGAUCGUCAGAAUGCCCACUAUUAUCAGUUGUUUUUCUGUCCAUCCUCUAAUGAAAACGGAAGUUUUCAGACGCAUCUUCACACGUAAAAGGUAUGAAAUGUUAAUAAAAGCAUUAAAUUUUAUGCAUUCUGACCCCACAGCUAACAAUGAUCCCUCCAACAUUAGCGCCGCUAGCAGCUCUGAUCCACUAUACUGUAUGAGACCAAUAAUUACUUAUUUGAAUUCUAGUUUUCAGGCAAAUUAUACUUUACAUAAAGAUAUUUGUAUAGAUGAGAGUUUGACCCUAUGGAACGGAAAAUUGCAUUUUAGACAGUAUAUUCAGAACAAAGCUGCUAGGCUGGGUUUCAAGACUUUUGAGCUUUGCGAAAGCACCACUGGUUAUAUAUGGUCUUUCAUUGUUGAUGCCGGACGUGCAAUAGAAUUGAAGCAGUCGCCCGGUGUACUUAAGAGUACAGCUUUUUUACAAAAGCUCAUUGGUCCCCUGCUAAAUAAAGGAUAUAGACUAUUUUUGGAUAGUAGGUACAAUUCGCCUCUGUUAGCUAGAUUUCUAAAGCUUAAUGGUACCGAUUGCGUUGGUACCUUGGAACCUUCUAGUAUGGAUGUUCCCGUUGUAAUAAAUAAGGCUCCGCUGAAAAGGGGGGAGUUCAUAGCGAGACAUUCCGGCGAUGUCUCCAUAUUGUCGUGGCAAGACAACAAACGAGUAACCAUGAUUUCCACUUGUCAUGGUUCAGCUACUGCCUUGCCUACAGUGUCGUCGCGUCCACAAUGUCGUGCAGUACCAUUUAAACCGCAGGUGGUGCUGGAUUAUAAUAAAUUCAUGGGAGGAGUGGAUAUGAAAGACCAAAUACUCGAGCCUUAUUUAAUAGAACGGCAACACUGUGCAAAGCACAUGAAACUCUUUAAACGUUUGCUUAAUGUUUCUAUUCUUAAUGCUCGCAUUCUUGUAGAGUCAUCUUUACAGAAACGUCAUAAUCAUUUAGCUUUUCGCCUUAGUCUUGUAGAUUCUAUCCUCACGAAUCAUCUUUCACUCUGUCCGGAAAGUCGUAGGUUUUCUUCAUCUACGCACCAACCGCCGCAGACAAUAAGUCGUUCUGCACAUUGGCCCGUUCUGCUGGAUCAGACAGAGAGCGCGGUAGCAGCUAACCGGAAUUUCCGGAAGCGUUGCGUUGUGUGUCUUCGGAAUAAGAAGGCACAAAAGACGCCAUACUGCUGUGAUACCUGCAAAGUGCCACUGUGUAUAAUAAAUUGUUUUAAAUCAUACCAUAUUUCACAGUAUUAAUGCUCUCUCUCUUUUUUUUCUGUUCUUUUCAAAAAAUAGGCAUUGUGAUAGGUAUUUUAUGCAAAACAGUGCAAGGUUUGUAUGUAGAGAACGCCUGAAUGUUAUGAUAGGUGUUUUAUGAAUACAGGGUGCAAGGUUUGUUAUUCGGGAAUAUUUGUGGAUUGUACAUAUUAUAGUUUAUUAUAGAUAGUUGCAUUUUUUAAAUUGUUUGCUGAUUAAAUAUCUCCUGCCACUUGGUAAUAAUGAAAUGGCUACUUUAAUUUUGUAGUUAUAGAUGAAAGAUUUCAGUUUCAGACUAUAAAAAUAAUACCAAACUGAACUUCAUCUUUUUGGUUUAAUAAAGAUUACAUAAUCAGCCUUCUGACUAUAUUAUAUCGCAUGUAUUGUGUACAUGUAUAUGUGUAUUUAUAUUCCAAUUUUAUAAGAUAAUAGACUGUCUAGAUGAUACUUGGGCUUGGGAAUAAGCUGCUGUAAUGUCCACACAGGUCAUGUUGACAUGUUUGUAACAUAUAGUUACAUUUCUUUU